AUGUGGAACAUAUUACGUCCUGUAAUCCGCCAGCGGGUGAAUAGUGUAUUUCGUGGGCGAUGGCCACAAUGGCGUGCUCCCGUUGCUUUGUUCCAUUCCAAUACACCAAAAAACCAGGUUUUGUUCUCACAACUUUCUCAAGAAAAUCAAGAAAUUUUGACUCUGGACCGCGAGGCUGAUGAGGUAGACGUCUGUAUCGUUGGCGGGGGCCCAGCGGGUCUUGCUACGGCAAUAAAAUUCAAACAAUUGGACACUGAAGAUCAAUAUCGUGUUGUGGUGUUGGAAAAAGCUGGUGAUUUUGGAGCUCACACCGUCAGUGGGGCUGUUAUUGAACCUAGAUCGUUACAAGAACUCUUUCCCGAUGAAGCAGAGGUGCUCCCUAAUGACUUGACCACGUUGGUGACGAAAGAUUCUAUGCAAUUUCUCACUGAAGAGUACGCAUUUCCUCUUCCAGAACCACCUCAGAUGAAAAAUGCUGGUAAAAAUUACAUUGUUUCACUUAGUGAAGUGGUGAAGUACCUUGCUGAAAAGGCUGAAGAACUCGGGGUCGAGUUGUAUCCCGGGAUUUCUGUUAGCGAACUUGUAUAUAAUGACGAUGGCUCCGUCAAAGGAGUCGCUACUCAAGACAUGGGAGUUGGCAAAGAUGGAGUGCCAAAAGAUUCGUUUGAAAGAGGAAUGGAGUUCCAUGCUGGUGCUACUGUGCUAGCAGAAGGCUGUCAUGGAUCAUUGACGAAAAGAGCCAUCGCCAAGUUUGGUCUUCGUGAUCAAAGUGAUCCUCAAACUUAUGGUCUUGGUAUAAAAGAGGUGUGGGAAGUUUUGCCCGAAAACUUUGAAAAAGGCUACGUUGGUCACACCAUGGGCUUUCCUUUACUGCUGGAAUAUGGAGGUGGAUUUAUGUACCACUUUGGGGAUGGACUAGUGUCGGUAGGUCUCGUUAUUGGAUUGGAUUAUGCCAACCCAUAUGUGUCUCCAUACCAAGAAUUUCAAAAGAUGAAGCUCCAUCCUUACUAUGCCAAUGUUUUGAGAGGAGGAAAAUGUAUUUCCUAUGCUGCUAGAGCAUUAAAUGAGGGAGGUUUACAAAGUGUGCCUCAAUUAUACUUCCCUGGUGGAGCAUUAGUGGGCUGUUCAGCUGGGUUUGUCAAUGUUCCAAAAAUCAAGGGUACACACACAGCUAUGAAAACUGGUAUGCUUGCUGCUGAAAGCAUUUACGACGCAGUUUCAAAGAGAUCCGAAGAAGAUUCAGAACCCAUAUUGUUGAAAUCAUACCAGGAAGCAUACGAAUCUUCUUGGGUUUACGACGAACUCAAAGCCAUUCGUAACGUUCGUCCUUCGUUCCAGUUUGGUUUGUUACCUGGUUUGGCUCAUUCUGGAAUAUCUACUUUCUUCAAUGGAAUUGAACCUUGGACCCUUCAUCAUCCUCACACGGACGCCGAGGCCACCAAACCUGCUUCUCAGUUUACUCCCAAGGAGUACCCAAAACCAGAUAACGAACUCACUUUUGACAUCAUGACAUCAGUGUCAAGAACUGGUACUUAUCACGAUGAAGAUGAACGGUGCCAUCUUCGAAUUCCAAACCAAGAUUACGAUGCACACGCUAAAAUCAGCUAUCCCGUCUACAAGGGAGUAGAGAACCGGUUCUGUCCUGCUGGAGUCUACGAGUACGUGGAAGACGAGAGCAAGGAUCUUGGGGUGAAAUUCAACAUCAAUGCUCAAAAUUGCAUUCAUUGUAAAACUUGUGACAUCAAGGUUCCCACUCAAGACAUCGAUUGGCAGGUUCCUGAAGGGGGUGGGGGACCCAAGUAUUCAUUGACAUGA